ACUGGCAGCCCGACUUGACGUAACGAAGACCGACGACGACGCCGACGACGACGACAACAACGACGAAUGCUGUCCAGCCUACGCGAUUCGAGCGCGAUUUAAAACGCUUAGCCCACACUGAAAACAGACAGAGAGAUAAUCGCGAGAAACGCCUGCGCGUGCUGCUCAGAAGGCGCCAGGCAAAGAAUCUUUUAUCUUAUAAAAUACAAAACAAAUUCGUGAUUUUACUACAAUUAUUUAAACAAUUUUUUUAUUUGUGAUUUGUGUGUGAUUUGUGUGUGAUUUGUGCGAAGUGCAAAGUGAGCAGUGUUUAAUUUAAAACAUCAACAUGCAACGCCGUGCAGUGUUGUUUCUCUUGACUUUGGGCGCGAUUUGCGUGUCGGCGAUACCGAACGAUGCUUAUCUGAAAAUGUUUGCAAUGCCGCCGGCAGAGGAUCCCUGUUACGACUAUGACAAGGCGCGUCACUGCAUCCCGGAUUUUGUUAACGCCGCCUACGAUGCCCCCGUUGUGGCAAGCAGCACAUGCGGCGAGCAUCAGCCGCAACGCUACUGCGAGUACCAAGAUCCGAUACGUGCCACAACUGCUGCCACCGGUGCCGCAUCCUCAUCCACUCCCAAUGAGCUGCAGUGCCACAGCUGUGAGGCAAACAGUUUUCCGCCACGCGCCCUCACCGAUCUGAACAAUUCCAAUAAUGUCACCUGCUGGCGAUCGGCGCCCAUUGUGCAAGGCGGCCCAGGAGGCGGUGCAGGAGGAGGAGCUGCUGGCGGUGACAAUGUAACCCUGACCUUAUCCCUGGGCAAAAAGUAUGAGCUGACCUAUGUGAGCCUGCAGUUCUGUCCGCGAGCACCGCGUCCCGACUCCCUGGUCAUCUACAAGAGCUCCGAUUUCGGCCAGAGUUGGCAACCCUUCCAGUACUACAGCUCACAGUGCCGACGCCUCUUUGGACGCCCCAGUCGGACGACUGUCACCAAGCACAAUGAGCAGGAGCCGCGUUGCAGUGACGCCCAUCGACAUAAUCAUGAUGGCAGUGGUGGACUCGCCUCCCGCAUUGCCUUCAGCACACUGGAGGGUCGACCCUCGGCUCGGGACCUGGACGCCUCGCCUGUGCUCCAGGACUGGGUGACGGCCACGGAUAUACGCAUUGUCUUCCACCGCCUGCAGCAGCCUGAUCCGCAAGCUUUGCUCGCCAUCGACUCACCUGCAGAUCUUCGUACCGGCAAAUACAGCGUGCAACUGGGUGGCAACACCAUCGAGGCCAUUAACUCGCACUCGCACUCAGUUGCCGCUGCAGGACUGCACUAUGCCGUCUCCGAUUUCUCUGUGGGCGGACGCUGCAAGUGCAACGGCCACGCCUCCAAAUGUUCCCACGACUCGAACGGCCAACUAAGCUGCGAGUGUCGCCACAACACGGCCGGACGCGACUGCGAACGCUGCAAGCCCUUCCACUUUGAUCGCCCCUGGGGCCGAGCUACUGCCCGUGAUGCCAACGAGUGCAAGAUGUGCAAUUGCAAUAAUCAUGCGCGUCAAUGUCGCUUCAAUAUGGAAAUCUUUCGGGUAUCGCAAGGCGUCUCUGGCGGCGUCUGUCAAAACUGUCGACACUCAACCACGGGACGCAACUGUCAUCAGUGCAAGGAGGGAUACUAUCGGGAUCCCAACAAGCCGCUGAAUCAUCGCAAGGUGUGCAAAGCCUGCGAGUGCCAUCCGAUCGGCUCAUCUGGCAAAAUCUGCAACAACACGAGCGGUCAAUGUCCGUGCAAGGACGGCGUCACCGGACUGACCUGCAAUCGCUGUGCCCGCGGCUACCAACAGAGUCGCUCCCACAUCGCGCCUUGCAUCAAACAACCACCGCGCAUGAUCAACAUGCUGGAUACCCAGAAUACGGCGCCAGAGCCAAAUGAGCCCACUGGAGGUGUUGGCGUCAACAGAGGCGCCUCCUCGGCGGCCGCCCAAUCGCAAUAUUAUCGCACCGAGGGCGGCAGGGAAUGCGAAAAAUGCAAAAUAAGCACCAAAAGGUUAAACCUCAACAAAUUCUGCAAAAGAGACUACGCAAUAAUGGCCAAAGUAAUUGGUCGAGAUACGAGCAGCGAGGUGGCCAACAGCGAGCGACGGCGCGAAAUGGAUCCGGACGUGGACUACGAAAUGGAUCAACAGCCGGGGACCGAACAGGAGUACGGGUUUCGGGCAGCAACUGGGAGCAACAGCGGCAGCGUUCCGGAUUAUCCAAACGACAGCGAAACGGCGCGUUACGAUCUCCAAAUUCAAGCGGUAUUCAAACGCAGCAAAACCAGCGCCUAUGGAAUGCCGAAUACAAUGCUGAAACGGGGUCCUAUGACCUGGAUCAUACCGAUUAAGAACUUAGAGUGCCGCUGUCCCAAGAUCAAAGUUAACAGAUCCUAUUUGAUAUUGGGCCGCGACUCGGAAGCGCCGCCCGGGUAUUUGGGCAUUGGUCCGCGCUCGAUAGUUAUCGAGUGGAAAGACGAUUGGUAUCGACGCAUGAAACGCUUUCAACGCCGAGCGCGCACCUGUGCGUAGAUGUGCCGUCCUGCUCCUACACACACACAGUGGCCAUCUUUGUCUCCCCUUUGCUGUCAUUUUAAUUACCUUUAAUAUAGUUUUUUUUUGCGCUAACUGUAUUUGUAGAGUGUAGAUCUUAAGUUAAGAACCAAAUUUAAAUCAAAACGCGUCGCAACAUUAAUGAAUUUAACGAAAUGCACACGAAUUUGCAUAGUAUUUUAGUCAAGUUUGUUUCUGUGUCUCCUACAUACAUACAUACUACGUACUAUACAUACAAUACAUAUUCAUACACAUCUAGUUUUUUUUUUUAUUUCCCCUUUACUUUUGGCCAAGUUAAGCUCGCGUUACUUUAAUUUGACUAACAGAUGCAUUUAAUUUGAUUUAUUUAGCAAUGUAAGGCCUACAUAGCGGUAUUUAAUUUAUUUGAUUAACUUUAAUUGUUUUUGAUUAUCAGUGAACGAAAGUAUAAAAAUGUAAUCUAUAUGAUUUGUAUUAUUUUGUAUAAUAAAACCCAGUUUAAACUCUUCUCACUAUCCCUCACUGUCACCUCUCAACUAUUUCUUAUAUGGUACAUCUAUUAUCUAUUAACAACCGAGAAAAAUAACUUCAAUAGUCUCAGCAGCAACACAAUAAGUAAAUAUGUUAAGCAUUAAUAUAUAAACAUAUACGGAAUAUGCAAUAAACUUUAACUAAAAUGUGAAGCAAACAACGCAAUUGUGCGAGAUCGCAAAUCAAUUCAUAAGUUAUAUUUAUAUGUAUUGAAUGAAACUGAAAUAAAUAGAUAUUGUACAGUGAAACUCA